GUGUGCGAAACCCAUCGUCCGUGACAGGCGCGAGAGUUUCGUCUCUGAAAAUGUAGAGAGAGAAAUGGGAGAGAGAGAGAGGCUCCCCAUUUCUGACGGGUUUUACACACGGACAUUACCAGGGGUAGACGAAGACGAAGAAAGAGAAAAACAGGAGAGAGAAAGCUUGUGCGUAUACGUGUUACAUACAGAUAUAUAUUUAGAGAGAGAGAGAGAAGAGAGAGUGGUCGUUCAAACGGCCACCCCUCUCUUGUCAAUGUCUGGUUGGAAGGCCAAUUGAGAUCACAAAAACAUUCAUUUUUUCUUUUCCCUCAAAUUUUCUCGGGAAAACGAAAAGAGAGAGAGAGAGAGAGAGAGAGAGAGAGAGAGAGAGAGAGAAACUAAAAGCAAGCAAAACACCACCAAUGCUCUCGAUUUCUCUCUCUAAACAAAACACGGUGGUGUUUGCAGCCCCAAAGAGGUACCUUUUCAGCUCCUUAUUUAUGCAUUCAGAUCUUUCCAUAGAGAUUUCUGUAUAUCCGAAUUACACAGAGAGCUAGGUUUUUUUUUUCUUGGCAAAAAGAAACGUGUUAAUCUUUAUAAAGGAUUACAAAAGAUUGAACGGAUAAGGGCACACCAGCAUACGCCACCCAAGACCAAGACCGGAAAAAGAUAGCUAGGGUUUAAUUUGCACCGAUUUGAGAAUUGGGGGAAGAUGCAGAACAAUAUAUUUGCCACGAUGCGUAGCUUGAAGAUAAUGGAAGGGUGUAAAGGCACACAAGUUUAUGCCCUUAAUUCAUCCGGCACAGGCGGUGGCGGUGGAGUUGGAAGCGUGGGGGAAAAGUUUCUCCAACACCUCCAAGACCAUCUGAGGGUCAAUUCAAUUAGGUCGAAAUCGACUCGGAGUUUCCAAACCAACAAUGUCCAGGUUGACAACAACAACACUGUUUUAGCUGAAGCCCUGGCUACCUAUGGCCUUCCGCAAUCGGAUUUGCUCGAGCCCCUAAUCGAACCGUGUCUUAAAUCUGUCGAUUUUGUCAAUACCCUGGCUAGUGUGUACCGGAGAAUCGAGAGUUGUCCCCAAUUCGAGAAAUCGGGGGUGUAUCUCGAGCAAUGUGCAAUUUUUCGGGGGCUACCAGAUCCGAAAUUGUUCCGGAGAAGCCUCCGAUCAGCAAGGCAGCACGCGGUUGAUGUCCAUUCUAAGGUUGUGCUAUCAUCGUGGUUGAGGUUUGAGAGGAGAGAGGACGAGUUAAUUGGGACAUCAUCAAUGGACUGUUGUGGGAGGAAUAUAGAAUGCCCAAAGAAUAGUUUGGUUUCUGGGUAUAAUCCAGAAUCGGUCUAUGAUCUGUGUACAUGCUCCCAAAGUCGUAGGCAGGAUACCGAUGUUGAAAUUUCGAUGGGAGAUGGUGAAUGUUCGACUUCAGAGGAAGAUUUUGAUAUGUCGUUUUGUAUUGGUGAUGAUGAGGUAAGGUGUAUUAGAUAUAACAUUGCUUCUCUUUCGAGACCAUUCAAACAAAUGUUGUACGGUAGCUUUUCGGAGUCACGUAGAGAAAAGAUUAAUUUUUCACUAAAUGGGAUUUCUGUAAAGGGUAUGAGAGCUGCUGAGAUAUUUAGCCGGGAAAAAAGUGUGGAUUCUUUUGAACCAGAUGUGGUUUUGGAGCUUCUCUCCUUGGCAAACAGGUUUUGUUGCGAGGAGAUGAAGACUGCUUGUGAUGCAUAUCUAGCAUCCCUGGUUUGUGACAUGGAGAGAGCAAUGUUACUUAUUGAGUAUGGAUUGGAUGAGACCGCGCACCUUUUGGUGGCCGCUUGCUUGCAAGUAUUUAUGAGGGAGCUACCGAGUUCAGUACACAACCCAAAUGUGACGAGAUUCUUUUGUAGUGCAGAGGCUAGGGAAAGAUUAGCUAUAGCUGGACAUGCUUCAUUUUUAUUGUACUACUUUUUAAGCCAAAUUGCUAUGGACGAUGAUAUGAAAUCGAAUAUGACAGUUAUGCUAUUGGAGAGGUUGGGAGAGUGUGCAUCUGAAAGCUGGCAAAAACAACUUGCAUUUCACCAGUUGGGUUGUGUAAUGCUUGAAAGGCAGGAAUUCAAGGAUGCGCAGAAGUGGUUUGAAGAAGCAGUUGAGGCCGGUCAUGUUUAUUCAUUAGUAGGGGUUGCAAGGGCUAAGUAUAAGCGUGGUCAUAAAUAUGAAGCUUACAAAAUGAUGAACUCACUCGUUUCUGAUUAUUCACCAACCGGGUGGAUGUAUCAAGAGCGAUCUCUAUACUGUAGUGGGAAAGAGAAGAUGAUGGACUUGGAUACAGCAACUGAAUUAGACCCCACUCUUUCUUACCCGUUCAAGUAUAGGGCUGUUUUGAUGAUGGAGGAAAGUAAUAUUGAAGCAGCCAUCCAAGAGAUCAACAGAAUAAUUGGUUUUAGGGUCUCUCCUGACUGUCUUGAACUGCGUGCUUGGUUUUCAAUUUCAAUGGGGGAUUAUGAACAUGCCUUGAUAGAUGUCCGGGCAAUUCUGACCUUUGAGCCUAAUUACAUGAUGUUCCAUGGAAAGUUGCAUGGGGACCACUUGGUAGAGCUCCUCCGCCACCAUGUUCAGCAGUGGAGUCAAGCUGAUUGCUGGAUGCAGCUUUAUGAUCGGUGGUCCUGCGUUGAUGAUAUCGGUUCUCUAGCUGUUGUGCACCACAUGUUAGCAAAUGAUCCGGGGAAAAGCCUUGUACGCUUCCGUCAGUCUCUCCUCCUAUUACGGUUGAACUGUCAAAAAGCUGCAAUGCGUAGCUUGCGCCUCGCUCGAAAUCAUUCUACCUCUGAGCAAGAAAGGCUUGUCUAUGAAGGAUGGUUGUUAUAUGACACAGGCCAUCGCGAAGAAGCAUUAGCAAAAGCUGAAGAGUCCAUUUCUAUCCAGAGAUCCUUUGAAGCUUUUUUCCUAAAAGCAUAUGCUUUAGCUGAUUCAAAUCUUGAUACGGAGUCGUCAUCGUUCGUUAUCCAACUUCUCGAAGAAGCUCUUAGAUGCCCCUCAGAUGGCCUUAGAAAAGGACAAGCUUUAAACAAUUUAGGGAGCGUGUAUGUAGACUGUGACAAGCUGGAUCUUGCUGCUGACUGCUACAUGAAUGCUCUCAAUAUCAAGCAUACACGAGCACAUCAGGGGCUGGCACGUGUAUACCAUCUCAAAAAUCAGCGCAAAGCUGCAUAUGAUGAGAUGACAAAGUAUAUAGACAAGGCUAGGAGCAAUGCAUCGGCAUAUGAGAAACGUUCAGAGUACUGUGACCGUGACAUGGCUAAGAGUGAUCUGUGCAUGGCUUCACAACUAGAUCCUUUAAGGACAUACCCAUACCGAUACCGAGCAGCUGUUCUAAUGGAUGACCAUAAGGAAGCUGAAGCCAUAUCAGAACUCUCCAAGGCCAUUUCUUUCAAGCCAGAUCUACAGCUGCUCCACCUUCGUGCCGCAUUCCACGACUCAAUGGGUGACUACAUUUCCACGCGCCGUGAUUGUGAGGCGGCUCUUUGUCUUGAUCCAAGCCAUACAGAUACAAUCGAGCUUUAUCAAAGAGCACGAGAGCCCUCCGAUGAACAACAGCAAAAGGAAAGGAGCUAGAGUGCUAAUCAUCAUGUGGACCCCAAUUUUUUUGUUGCAGACAAGGCCGGUUCUAGUCAGUGUGUUUUGUUUUUCUGGAUUUUGGAAAGAUCCAGGUCUGGAUUUGCAGUGGCCUCGAAGAAAGAAGAAACUAAAGGAAGAGAGAAUCGAUGCUUUAAAGGAAAAACAGGAUCAGAUGGAAACGAUUUGUCUCUGUACAUGUAUAUAUUCAUGAAUAUAAGCAGUUCCGGUAUUUAGUCAUUUGAUGAAUUUAUGAGGCGAAAUGCUCCAAAGGCAUGAUUUGUGUAGCUGUUGGAUCACUCCAGCAGUGAGUUGGGAUGGUGCUAAACAAAGUCAUCAACAUUCAAAAGAAACAUGUAAAUUAAAUUGGCCUCCGAGAGGUCUUCAAUGUACUGCAAAUUUUUUUC